AUGGCAGAAACUGGGAAUGGGCUGGCUGAACUCUCCUCCGGGCCCUCUGCGGGGCCCUCCGUCUCUUCUGGCAAACAGCCUGCAUUCAGUCUUCAGGACUUCGAGGAUCUUGUGAAUAUUCCAAAAUCUGAGUACGAGGAACUGCUGAUAUCAAAUGCGCAUUACCAGCUCAAAGCGUCCGCUGAACUCGACCACCUGAAAAUCCUCCUUGCUGAGAAGCGGGUCAAAGGCGAGAUUCAAGCAGCUGGAGGUUAUUCAAGCUCUUCCCAGAAUAACAGGGACAGCGACAGCAUUAACUCCCCGCCGCUUCCUGCUCCCCGCCGCAAGCAGGACGACUCCUCCAAGGAUGAGGAACAUAGCCCUCAGGAUGACAGCGACAACAAGCGGGGCGGCCAGUAUUCUACUAUUGGCGUUGACUUCGGCGCUGAACAUCGGGGUCAUGAACUGGUAGGUGACAAGGACAGACGCAAUAACGACAGUGAGCCAUGCAUGAUCGCUCUCCGCACCCCGACCGGUGUCACGCACGCCGAUAUCAUUAAUGCGAUCCGCGGCGGUCUGCUCAUGGACAUUCACCUUCUGCCUCACCGCAACGCGUGCUUUGUCACUUUCUUGAAUCACCGUGAUGCAGAGAACUUCAUGGCCUAUUGUCAGUCGCACGUCUUCUAUGUUGCCCGUCGCUCUGUAAGUAUCCGUCUCGCCUUAUGCUCUAUAGUCAACCCUAUCCCACCCCUACUGACGCCCGAAAUCCAGACGCCCGUUAUCUGGGCAGGCCGGCAGUGCCAGCGACCCGGUAUAACUGAAGACAUGAUCCGGCACGAUCUGGACCACAUCCACAACAUGGUAAUCAUCUAUGUGCAGCUCUCCGAGGGCAACGCGUACCUCAGCACCAACAGCGUGAGCAAUGCGCUCUACGCUCGCACCUGCAUGCUUUCUCGCACCAUGUACCGUGGUCUGGAGAUCGGCUUCUACCCAGACGAAUGUGACGGCGAUAUCGAUGAUAUGGACGAUUCGGCACCCCUCCACAAACUGCCUCCCGUGGAGAAGGACGCCCAUGUGUACAACUCUUAUCAUGUGCUUUCAGUUGAGAGGGUGGAGGAUGAGGAUGACGGGAAUCAGGGCAGUGUGGAAGAUAAUGAGGAUGAGGAGCCGGAGCCAUAUUAA